GAGUGCCCGAGGCAGUGACCGGCUGCAGCAGGCUUGCAUAAUUUCCUCCAGCUAAGCACGCCACCCUGCUCGUAUCGGUGCCCAGAAGCUGCACGAUGCAGCAGUUCCAGAGCCGCCAGUCACUUCGUCAGCCUGCGGCCAGGGAGGGAGCAUGUUCCACUGACUGCAAGUCCAGGUCUGACGAUGGAGGUGAGGACGAUUUUUUUGCCACGUUGAGUGCCAUCGAACAGAAGCAGGAGAACAUGAAGCGGUCAGACUACACACUGCCUCCUGAGUACUCCAGUGACUUGCCCCUACCUCAGGCAUCUGGACACAGUGAGAAUCUGAAGAUAUCACACAAGAAGCAAAUGCUUCUCUACGAGGACGUGCUGUAUACCCUGAACCAUCAAGCCGGCGUUCCCUCCGUAACACACGUCACAGACCAAGAGGAGAUGAUCCACUAUCUGCAGAAGGUCUUUCAGCUUGACACGUGUGAUCAUGAAGCCAUCAUGCGCAGAGUGAAAGAGGCUAAGGCACCCUCCCUCAACCUGAAGGUGACUAUUGUGGAGGCAAGGAACCUGUUAGCCAAGGAUGCCAAUGGUUUCAGUGAUCCCUACUGUAUGCUGGGAAUCACUCAGGGACACACCACGCAGGAAGUAGAAGAGAAGAAGGGUCGGAAAUUCAGCUUCAGGAGGAAAAGGGAGAAGAUGGAGAAGAGGUCGAGCCUCAAGGACGUCCUCCCUGCCAAGUACAUCCACGUCACGGAUGUCAAACCCAAUACACUAAAUCCUGUGUGGAACGAGAGCUAUGCUUUUGAAGUGGAUGACAUCCACAUUGAUCAGCUCCACCUUGACAUUUGGGACCAUGAUGACGAUGUUUCAGUUGCUGAGGCAUGUAAAAAUCUCAAUCAGAUCAGUGGUUUGAAAGGAAUGGGCAGGUACUUCAAACAGAUCAUGAAGUCAGCUCGAGCUAACGGGUCCUCGGGUUCACAGGAAGAAAACAUGGACGAUUUCCUCGGCUGCCUCGAUAUUCCUGUCAGCGAAAUUCCUGUCGAAGGGAUUGACACGUGGUAUAAACUGGAGCCUCGAUCAAGCACUUCUCGGGUUGAAGGAGAUUGCCACCUCGUUCUCUCCCUGACCAUGAUGCAGAGAGAUACAGAGUUGUCCAGCACGACGGAACCCGUGAUGAUCCAUGAGCUGGUGCUGAGGCAGCUGCUAACAGCCGAGCUUCCCAAACUGUGGAAUGACCAGGGCAGCUUCCACGGGGGCCUCAGCAAGCAUGCUGUCACCAUCCUCUCCCAGCAUGCCAUGCAAAUUGACCUCUCACCUCAACAAAAGGCAUCUGUAGAGUGGCUGGCCUACAGCAAACACCACCAGCUCCAGUCUGUGGACUAUGGCUUCCUUCACCAGUUGCUUGAGGAACUGGAUAAGAAGUUAGACUUAAACUCUCUCACUCAAGAGCAGGAAGAGUCCCUGUGCGAUAGUUUUGUCCUUUUCAUCAACUACUGCUGGAUGUUGCUCCACAGGAUGAGACAGGUCUUUCCCUUCAAUGCUCCAAAGGCGCUGAAGCAGCUGGAGUUGAUGCUGAGGUGCUUGCUGAAGAUUCACUCCAUGGAGGCUUUCAAAGUACUCUGCCCUGUCGACAAGUCGCUCCAUGAGGAACUGGUUGUGAGAGUAAAGAAAUCCACGGUUGAAUGGUAUGAGAAAAUGCAAGAAAGCUUCAAACCAGUAACCAAGUCAGAUCAGGCUCGGCUGAGGGCUCUGGUCUUGUUGGUUGACACCGUUUGCACAGAUUUGCGCAAAAAACAAAAACUCUACGGCAAAAUAUUUAUGAGUGUUGUGAAGAUUGAGUACUUUAGUUUGACUUACCAGCAGCUGGAGAAACUGAUUGCAGAUGAUGUCUUGACAGUAAUGGAGGAGCUGGGAGCAGCCAUGGAACAGGAGAGGUCAAUGAUGAGCCAGCAAAUUGCAGAGACACUGUUCGAGCUAUAUCUGUCUCUGAAGGAAAUUAAACACUUCAGGGAAUUCCUGCCGUUGAAGGACUCAGAUCUGGGACUCGGGAAUUUCCAUGAUUGGUUCCAGAUAUCUAUUAACAAGUGGCUACACAUUGUUUAUGAGAAGGCAUGUGAACGAAUCACGAAGGCGGUGAUGGUGGAUCAGCUUGAUCCUGUCGACACACUGUCCAAGCACAGCAGCUCAGCAGUUGAUGUGGUGACCUGCUUCAGUCAGAUCAAGAGCUUCUGGCUACAGCUGGCCUGGCCUGACCCAAUGGGAGCUUUUGUGUUUGUAACAAAGAUCACUGAUGACAUUUGCAAUGCAGCUGUGAUGUACUCAGAAAUGAUCAGACAAAAAUCAGAUGAUCAGAAGAAAAUUACACAACAGCUGUGCAUUGUCCUGAAUAACAUCGAGCACGUGCACAAGUACAUUUGGAACCUGCCGAAGGAGUUGCAAUGGCAGGAGGUGGCGAUGUCGGUGGAGCAGCUCUGUGGGCUGGAAGGGAAGCAGCAGGUGCAGCGAGCCCUGGACACCCAGCUGCAGAGCAUCAACGCGGGCAUGCAGCGGCAGUCCAACUACAUGAUCAACCAGGUGGUGGAGAAGAUGGUCCUUGACUUGCGAAAGUACAUUCAACAUAUUAGCUUGUCUCCAGAUUCCAUCCAGCCUGAUGAUGCGGUGUCUCCACUGAUGAAAUUGCUGGAUGACAAUCUAAUAAUCCUCAGUGAAUGGCUUGUGCAGGAGAACCUCUGCAAGAUAUUGACUACUCUGUGGAAAUUGCUGUUGGAUUUGAUUGCUGAAGCAUUGGCUACAAAUACUGGGGUGUCUGCUGAAUUCUACGAGCGAUUUCACUUUACUCUGGAGGCACUUGUGGUGUUUCUUCAUGCUGAGGAACAAGGAUUGCCAGUUCAGGCCUUACGGAAUGAGAGUUACAAGGCAUUGAAGGAAGAAUUGCAUCUAAACAAAUGCUCAACACAACAGCUAAUCGAGAAGGCCUACCAGGCAAAAAUACAGCAGCAGAAAUCACAGGAGACAACGCCGUAUGGAAUGCUUUGCAUCAAAUGCUACUAUGAAGCUGCUGAGCACAAGCUGUACAUUGAGAUCCUACACGCUACAAACCUGAUAGCCUUGGAUACGAACGGUCUUAGUGAUCCUUUUGUCAUCAUCGAACUCGCUCCUCAGCACAUCUUCCCAGGAGUAAAGAGCCAGCGAACACAAAUCAAGAAUAAAACACUGCACCCUAUUUUCGACGAACUGUUUAACUUCACGGUGACGGAAGAGAUGUUCAGCAACAACAUUGCUUGUAUUCACUUCACAGUCAUGGACCAUGACUGGCUGUCAACCAAUGACUUUGCAGGAGAAGCUGUGAUGCUGCUACAGGAGGUUCACGGGUUCCAAAAACCUGCCAUCACUGGCGGAAUAAAAAAAGUCUCCCCGGUGUUUCUAAAACUGACUCACCCUGAUCCUAGUGUGAUGAGACCAAUCGUGAAGAUAAUGGAAGGACGCACUGGUGAUAAAGAAGCACAGGACUUUGUCAAGAUGAUGAAGGAGCUGGAGGUGUCUCCAGAAUAAAUAAAGCAAACUUUAAAUGUGUAAAAGAUUUGGACUUACAGAAAUGCAUCAACUGUUGGAGUCAUGGUUUGUAAAUAUGACAUUGAAGACAUUCAAAAACUCCUCAACAUUGAGACUCCAUUGACCUAAUGCCACAGGGGGAGGGUAAGGGGCAAUUUGAUCCAGUACCUUUGGAGGCAAUAUUUGUCAUGUGCUGCAAGGACAGAAGAGGCAGUGAUGUUGACCUAGUGUCAUCGGUGUGUUGGGGCUGAGGAAGUGAUGAUCCAUUGACACAGGCACGAUCAAGUGCAGUAGGGAUAAUGUUAAUCCAAUGCUGUGGGUGUGAUCCAGUGAUAUGAUCCAAGAAGAAAAGGCAAUUCAGUGCAGCAGCAAUAAAACUGAUCCUGUGCCUGGGGAGGUGGGACAUGGGGUAAGAAAAGAAGUGCAGUGUUUUUCCAGUGCUUAUAGCAUCUCACUGUCAUCACUGUGGAAAUAAUGUAGUAGCUCCUAGUCUCUUGCAAUUUUGAAUACAAUCUGAUGCUUCUUACUGCUGUGUAGGCAGUCACUAAGGUGAUGUAGUGCCCAUUUAUUACCAUAGAAAGACAAUCAAUGUGAAUGUGUUACUUUUUGUAAUGAAUUUCAGUGACUUCUGUCUGAAAAAUGUUGAA